CGCUGGGUCGAGACUAGUUGAUAGAUCUGGGGCAGUAUUUACGUUCCCUAAAUGAAAGGGAGGGAUGUGUACAGGAGUAAAGCAUUUUUUUUGCUUUCAAUAACGGACCCUGCAUCGUGACCAUGAUUUGGCGAGUUGCGGUCUGGCGCAGCGGAAACUACUGGGCCUGCGCCGUAGCAACCGCGUUCCCAGAUGCUGCUGGUAGCAGCGCGGGAGCGGAGCGGAGCGGACCGGAUCCAACGCCUCUGCCCCGGCUGGCAGGAGAUGUUCCAGCAAGUUCACCGCUUCCGCUCCUCCCAGCGAUCCGAUAGGAUAGAGUGGCGCGGCCCCGGAAGUGACGCGCACGAGCUGCCUUCCGCUUCCGGCCUGGCGAGAGCGCGCUGUGCCGACAUGAAGCUGCUCACCCACAACCUGCUGAGCUCGCAUGUGCGGGGGGUGGGGCCUCGGGGCUUCCCCCUGCGCCUCCAGGCCACCGAGGUCCGCAUCAACCCUGUGGAGUUCAACCCGGACUUCGUGGCGCGUAUGAUUCCCAAGGUGGAGUGGGCGGCGCUUCUGGAGGCGGCCGAAACCCUGCAUCUGGUCGAGGUGCCCAAAGGCCCGGUUCAGGGCUAUGAGCAGGAUGAGAAGUUCCUGAGGCAGAUGCACCACGUGCUGCUGGAGGUGGAAGUCUUGGAGGGCACUUUGCAGUGCCCAGAGUCUGGACGCCUGUUCCCCAUUAGCCGCGGGAUCCCCAACAUGCUGCUGAGUGAUGAGGAGACCGAGGCAUAACUGUGCCAGGCACCGUUUCUGUGACCUUGUUUUUGUCUGUCGUGUUUACUUGUUGUAUCUCCAGCCCUUGACCCAGUGACAUCAGACACGCAGUGUUCUUGAGCUCGGUAUUAUAUUUUUUUCUCAUUAAAGGUUCAAAACCAAAAGCGGUUUCUCUUUGCAGCAAAUAUACAUUAAAAUAGAGUCUCUGUACAGCCAAGGGCUCUGGGCCCUGACUUGCCCCAUGUCCCUGCGCCUCCCUGGCCAAACCCAAAAAUAAAUAUAGUGUUAUUGCUCUGCAGGGCAUGGAGGCAGUGCUCUCCCUGCCCCCUGAGGAGGCUGGGUGGAAGUUGAUGGGGUGGGGGGGCCCUGGCCUCCCCAGGGGUCCAGGGGCUGGAGCCUGCUUGGAGUUAUUGCUUCAAGGGGGGGCAGUAAUGCCCAAUGCAAAUGAUGAGGAGAGGAGCGAAGGGGGCAGGGGCCUUUGCUCUCCAUUCCCCUCUGCUCUGGAGAGGGGGUCGGAUUAAGCAGCAGCAAAAGCAUCACCCACUGGGAGACUCUGGCCUCCACUCCCUUCCCUCCCUGAGAUCAGGCUUCUGCCCCGCACUCGUCCCCUGCAGCCCCCUAUGGCUUCCGCAAGGCCCCCUGUGCUCUGGGGGCACAUUAUGGCUUGCUAGGGGCAGCACUGUGCCAAGUGUGGGCACACACAUUCCCAGCUUCUAACACCCCCGGGGAGGGGAGGGCAUAGGGCCUGCUCCCAGGGACUGAUGAUAUUGCCCUGGUCCUGCCAGCAGGCUGUGGCACUGCCCAGACCUCAGCUCUGCCCCCUUAGGGCU